AUGUAUUUUCACAGGUUUCCAUCAGUAGAUUCUCAUACUAUUGGAGUCCUCCAUGGACAAAUACCAUCCGCUGUAGCAAGAAAAGAAUUACAACAGAGACAAGACCCUGACGAAGAAGCUGACCCGCCGAAUAAAACUUAUGAAACACCUGGACAUGAACCAACUCCCCAAAUCAUAGAUACCUCAACUGCGGAUGUUAUAGAGAGUGCAGGCCAAGAAAAGCUGCACUUUAAAUUUGACCAAAAAUCAAUCGCUGGAUCAAAUGGCAAUCAAGUGGAAGGAGGUCACGUGGAUAAUUUUCCAACUAAAGAAUGUUCCACUGAGGCAAAAUUGCUUUCCAUCGGCGCCUCUGAGGACAUUUCUUCUGGUGAAGAGGACAGCUGCAGAUCCGAGAUGUCUCUCUUGUCAACAGCUUCUGAGAUAUGUGAAACGAGUUCUAGCAGUGACAGCAGCUCAGAAUCAGAAGAGAGCGAGUCCCUUACAACAGUUUCUAUGCUGUCAUUACCAAUCCCUGACGCAAGCGACAAUAAGGCCCUUUUUGGACAAACGGACUCUUUCCACGCAGACGAAAUGGGUGAGAUAACAACCGCCGUUUUGGCAAGCACUUCAAAGGUAACACUGUCUGCAUUCAGUGGAUUGGAAGACACUUUCAUGACGAACGGCAAGCUUGAGGAACAGAUACCAGCCCUUCACCAAAGCACCACGGAUGAUUCGUUAGUUUCUUUGUCGUCCUCCGCGUCCACCACCACUGUAGACGGGUCCAACAGCGCCGCAAGCUACAGCAGUUCAUUCGAUAGCAUUUCUGAGAGAUCACUCCAAACACCUGGAAUUUCCUUCUCUGCUGUCACCCUAGAAACGCCUCAGACAUGUGAAAAAGAGCCAGUCGCUGGACCUAGUGAAACCUCGGUUGCAGAGGAAAUAGGAAGUCAUACAUCUCUGCAUAGGGAGUCACUCUCAACAACCACCCUUUGUGGGUCUGAAUAUGCACCGCGGCCAAACAGUAAUUCCAGUGACAGCAGCAUCCCAGAGGAUUUCGAGCCAUUUAGCUGUCUGUCUGAGGUGUCUCUCUCGUCAACUCCCUACGGUCCCAAGAGUCCCUCUGAUAUAAAACCAGUUAUUGGAUAUAGCACAAGUGAACACUCUAUCAUGGAAGAGAUUGUUGGAGCAAUUGAGGAACUCGCAGAGGCCGUGUCCACUAUGGCAUCUAAGGACCUGGGAUCAGACAGCGAAGAAAGCAUCCCAGAAGACCUGUCUGCCUUCAGUUGUCUGAGCGCGAUGUCAAACCCCAAAGACGCAGCAGGUCCUAGGCCGGACAUUGAGUAUAGCACAAGUGAACACUCCAUAAUGGAGGAGAUAUUUGGAGAGUAUGAGAAACCCAUAACAUAUAAGGAGUCACUGUCGCCUGAUCCAGUCACAAAUGGGCGGAGAUCCAAACAGUCCACCACCUCUGGAAAAGUCCUCGCUAAUUUCAGCUGUUUGUCCGAGGUCUCUCUCUGCUCAAAUGACGCUGACCCAUCCGAUAUGAGACCGGGUAUCACAUAUAGCAUAAGCGAAUAUUCCAUUAUGGAAGACAUUGUUGGAGUAAGUGAAAAGAACAGAGACUCAGUGUCGUCUGAUUCAAUCAAAGCUGAACGGGGCUCCAACAGCGAUGUAAAUGACAUCUCCGACGUUACGUACAGCAUAAGUGAAACCUCUAUAUUAGAAGAAAUUGUAAGAGUGGUUGAAAACUCCGAAGAUGCAGUAUCCAAUGCAGCAUUUAAUAUGGAUCAACAAUUACAGGGCAAAUUAAGCCCCGAUGAGACAAAUUCUUUGUCGAGUGUUUCUGUAAUGAUUCCAACGCCAUCUCCAUCUAAUCUCCAACAGAAACAAGGAUCUGCAACAUCUGAAAAUUCAAGGUCGGGAGCUGCAGCUCCAACUCCAUCUGUCGUGGGCAACGGUCACGAUAGUCAAGAUUCAGGACUUGGGAGUAGACCUACCACGGCCUGCCGUACUCGGAAAACAUCAAGUGACUUCGUUAUGCCUCAACCUUACAAAACUGGUACAAAGCCUUACAGACAUCGUAGCCGUGAACAAGCAGUCUCUGUACAUGUAUAUGAACACAAUACAGCCAGGUCAGACGAAGGAGAGAAGUCCCCCAAAGUUCCGUCUGCAGGCAAGAGGACCAGACCAACUGCGGCACACCAUCGUCGCCGCAGGAAGACUACUGCAGAACACAAGCUAGUAGGGAAAACCCAAAAUACAUCUCAACUUGACCAAAACGUUUGGGAUAAAUAUUCAGAAUUUAAUGAGAACAGUUACGAGUAUGAGUCAGAUUUUGAGGACUAA